AUGCAGAACUGGAUCGAGACAUCAGUAUUGGAAGAAGAGAACAUGGGAAAACACGAGCGACGGGGUCAGUAUCCUCCGGAAGAGCCACAGAAUGUGAAGCCUGAAGAGAACACCUCAGCGAAAAGAGGGAGGCAUCGAAAGGAGAGCUGCAAGAAACCACCAUGUAAAGAAUGCAAGAGAUGGCUGGAUGAUGAUGCUGGAUGGAUGACAGCAACCACCGAUGGUACACCGGACCAAGCGGUGAGAAAAGAAGAGGCUCAUCGGCCGGCACCAAGAACCUUCAAGAAGGCAACCAUUGGCGAAAAAAAAACAACACAAACAUCUCAUCCAUCACCAGACCCCGAGAGAUUCUAUUCAUAG